CUGGACUGUAUACUCAAUGUCAUGGGAGUGUCUUGGGUGCAAUCAACAAAAGAGACCUAUGGGGCUGGACUUUUAGUUUUUCAUGUCUUUUGUGAUACAAAUAACAUUGCAGAGGACCAGUGGUGCCCAGUCAACCCUGCGCUCCUCCUUACCUUUUUGUCCAGUUGUGCAGGCUCAUAUUCAGGCUCUACUCUCGCCAACUAUGCAGUGGCUAUCAGAGCCUGGCACCUGUUACAUGGAAGGUUAUGGUUAAUUUCUCCUAGCGAGCUCAAAUCCUUGCUAGACGGAGCGAGAGCAGUAGUGCCAGAGUCGUCCAAACAACCAAAAUGCUUACCAUUCACCCCAGAAUUCCUAUCCACCAUCCGCGAUCAUUUGAACCUUAAUGAACCAUUAGACGCUGCAGUCUUCGCGUGUUUAACAACCAUGUUCUACUGCAUAGUGAGAUUAGGUGAAUUCACCGUUAAGUUCAUCAAAGAUUUCGACCAAAGAAAGCAUAUCUCGAGAGCUGGAGUCUCAGAUUAUUCGGACCGCCAUGGUCACCCAGUAACCAAGUUC